GUGUGACCGUGUCCAGAUAAAUCGACGAUGACAGAGGUCUGAGCAACGCUGACUCUUCCUCGAUCAUGAUGAUGCCUGUUUGUUGACGGCCACGCUGCCUUUUAGAAGACAGACUCUGCUGUUGUGCGUCUGAAAAUAUUUGAGACUGUCAGAUGAAUUGUCAUGCAUUUGACCUCGUCAAAGACACAGCACUGAACACUCAUUUUACAACACCCGACCCUUUGGCACGUGAACUACUUUGCCUUUCCUAUGUCUUUACUGUCCCGAUAUCAUGCCGCAAGUGACAAAUGCCAAAAGAUCAAAACUGGAUCUGAGGUUUCUGCGAAGGUUCUGUCAUAUUUUAAAGAUCCUUUUUCCCCGCCUGUGCAGUCGAAGCGCGCUUAUGUUUUUGACUCUGCUUGGAAUCACUCUUUUAGUCCAGCUGGUUAUUUAUCAAGUGGGCCUCAUUCCAAGCCAGUUUUACCAGGUCCUGGCAGAUAAGAACCAUGACAGGUUUAAAAGACUGGUUACAUUUGCAGUUCUACUCAUCCUGAUCAAUGCAAUGUUAAAAAGCCUGGACCAGUAUGUCUGUGGUCUGUUAUAUGUGAACUGGAGAAAGUCCCUCACAGAGGAGCUUCACAGAGCCUAUUUCCAUGGCCGGGUCUACUACACACUCAACGUUCUCAGACAAGACAUCGACAACCCAGACCAGAGAAUUGGCCAGGAUGUGGAGCGGCUGUGUAAAGAGAUGAGCAGUAUAGCCAGCAAGCUUGUCAUUUCUCCCUUUACAGUGGCCUACUACACUUACCAGUGCUUCAGUAGCACAGGUUGGAUAGGAGUUGGCAGUAUAUUUGCAUAUUUCUUGAUUGGAACGGUCAUCAACAAGAUGCUCAUCGGACCUAUUGUGCCAACUCUGAUGGAGCAGGAGAAACUGGAAGGAGACUUCAGGUUUAAGCAUAUGCAAGUUCGAGUCAACGCAGAAUCUGCUGCUUUCUACAGGGCAGGGAUGGUGGAGCACAUGAGAACCGACCAAAGGCUUCAGACUCUUCUGAAAAAACAGAGAAGCCUGAUAAACAAAGAAUUAUGGCUGUACAUCGGGGUGAACACCUUUGACUAUUUAGGAAGCAUCCUCAGCUAUAUCGUCAUUGCCAUCCCAAUAUUUGCGGGAGUUUACAAUGAACUGACUCCUGGAGAGCUCAGCGCACUCAUCAGUAAGAAUGCCUUUGUCUGCAUCUACCUGAUAAACUGUUUCACUCAGCUAAUUGACCUGUCCACCACAGUCUCAGAUAUAGCUGGAUACACACACAGGAUUGGAGAACUGAGGGAAGUGAUGGAUGACAUCAGCAGGAAGGAGAACGACAGUGACCCUCCUCCAGGAGAUGAACCUCAGGGAAAUAACCAGGAGGUCUGCAGUGGUCUGUCAGACACAGCGUUUGUCCUGGACCGACUGUCGUUCAGGUCGCCCUACUCUGAGGAGCUCCUGGUGAAGGACUUGAGUCUGAGGAUUAGCCAGGGAGUACACCUGCUGGUUGUGGGGAACACAGGCACUGGGAAGACGUCCCUGCUCAGAGUCCUCAGCCGACUGUGGGAGUCCUCUAACGGCUCAGUUAAAAUGAGUACGUGUUUUGGACCCAGAGGAAUCCUCUUCCUGCCUCAGAAGGCCUACCUCACCGACGGGACCCUGAGAGAACAGGUGAUCUAUCCACUGAAGGACAUAUAUCCAGUCUUGGACCAUGACCCUCAGUCACUGACUAGUGUUAAGGGUGCUGAUUUGCCAGAAAAGGAUAUGUGUGAGGGUGAUUCAGCUGAUGUGUGCUUCGUACCUCUCCAUGAGCAGAAUGGACCAACAGACGAUGAGAGAAUUUUGCGAUACCUGGAGCUGGCUGGAGUAUCAGGUCUACUGAAGAGGACGGGAGGACUGGACGAAAGGGUGGAGUGGAACUGGUAUGACGUGUUGUCUCCAGGGGAGACUCAGAGACUGUGCUUCGCAAGGUUGUUUUAUUUGCAGCCCAAAUACGCAGUGCUGGACGAGGCGACCAGUGCACUGACGGAGGAGGCGGAGGAGCAGCUGUAUCAGACCUGUAAACAGCUGGGAAUGACCCUGAUCAGCCUGGGUCACCGCAGCACUCUGGAAAAGCACCAUGACGUAAUGCUGCGGCUGUGUGGAGGUGGACGGUGGGAGCUUAGCAAACUUAAAGAAGAAUGAGCCGGAAGUGGAGCCUCCAGGCCUCCUCCACAGAGAGAGAGAAGCCUCCAGGCAUCCAGGGAGAGGAGAUCUUAGUGAAAUGUGCCUCUCAUCAGUACCAUGAACCACUGAACCAGCUUACUGUGGUGACCCCACACACUCAUCACAGUGACCAGUUUCAUCUGUGCCUUCUGCAAUGUUUGUCUUCUUUGUUUGUGUGGCGCUUUAUAAAUGUGUGUUUACAAUGUUUAC